AUGACAAUCACCAGUAAUAAUACUACCAUGUCUGGGUUAAUAGAAGUCAUUCAAACAGUUGAUCCUUUGUUGAAAUACUCAUGGUUUCCUAAAUCUCAGAACUAUUACUUAUUACAUUUACAUGAAAUCAUUUAUUCUUUCAUUUUCUAUCAGCUCGUAUCCACAUAUUUGGCACCAUUGGUUAACAAGAUUGUCUUUGGCGACCGCUACAUUAAGAUAGCAGAUCAAGAAUUGAAGAUUGAUUUUGAUAUUCAUAUAGUCUCCAUGGUCCAGGCAUGUGUAUCAUUGUAUAUCCUUUGGCCAGUAUUGACAUUACCAUUAACAUCCUAUAACAUCGCCACGUAUCAAAACGAUUACUGUUCAAUGGUGACUUCAUUGUCUGCAGGUUAUUUUAUUUGGGAUCUAAUAGUAUGUUUAAGAUAUUUCAAAGUCUAUGGUUUUCAAUAUUUGAUCCACGCCAUCUUUGCUCUAGCCGCUUCCUUGGUCCCAUUGUUACCAGUAUGUCAAGUCUGGGUCCCCAAAUUUUUAUUAUAUGAAGCCAGUACGCCUUUUGUUAACGUUAACUGGUUUAUCAUGCAGAUGUUGGCACCAUCUAAAAAGUCUAAUUUGAAACCUGCUAAAGUACCAACCUGGUUAAAUCUGAUUAAUGGAGUCCUAUUAAUGAUUAUAUUCUUCUCUGUGAGAAUCUUAUGGGGCAACCUGGCACAAUUCGUAUAUUUCUAUCAGAUGUAUAAGUAUAGAUCGGACAUGACUACAUUGAAGGUACAGUUGGCUGUAAUUUUGGCUAUUAUCACGCUUAUUUUGAAUUCUCUAAACGUGUUUUGGUUCUCUAAAAUGGUUAAGAUCGCUAAAAAACUAGCAAACUCAUCUAAUGAUAAAGAUAGGAAAAGAGAGUGA